UAUAUCAAACUAGACAACAGAGGAUUAGGAAUGUCAUGUGUCUCGGUGGGAAUACAUUCCUUUAACAGGAGCCCACCAUCUUGAAUGUUGCACUGUGGGAAAAAGUCCGCCUCCAUAAAACAACAAACAAACAAGGAAAACAACGUUAAGGUGGUUUGAUAUGGUGAUUUACUGAAAAAAGUUAAACCGUUGAACAAGCUAGCAUGGACCUUAUUGAAUGUCGACAAGUUAACAUUGAGGACUAUGAUGACGUCAUGGAUAUCCGUGAUGACGUAUAUGAUGGCCUGGACUACCUACCAGCACUGUAUCGGUCCAUGAUGACCAAUCACGUCGGGUAUGCCUUGACUGUGAAUAAAACGAUGGUAGCGUUCCGAUGUGAUGCUUUCAUUGAUGACGGGGAGACCAUGCUCACACGGGCACUACGUGUCCGGAAAGGUUACGAAGGUAGAGGGAUGGUCAAUCGCCUGGGAGACUUCAUCUCUCAGGAAAUUGCAGGAAAUCUAAGGCUCAAACGCAAAGUGUUCACAUUCGGCAAUAAAACUCUACUAAAGAAAGUAGAGCAAGGAAAGGCCACUCUCGUACUACAGAAGGCGAUCUUGUUCUAUCAAGGGCUGGUGUCAAAGGUCGCCCCUUCUCUCCCUACCGUUACUAAUACACAAAUCAGGAUCCUGAACAAGGCGGACAUGCAAAAACUACUGUCAUCAAAAACAGACACGGACAGAUUGUUUCCUCAAGGAAGAAUUAUUGCUGACUGGGUACCGUAUCGUCUGUUAGCCACUAAUGUCGAUUAUUUCUUCAACGACUUUUGUCUCAUUUUAGGCAGCGACUGUAAAAAUGGGGAAUCGGUCAGGCUCGAACUCAUGACACUGGCAGUUAGUUACACAGUACCUAACGGAAUUCGAUACAAUAUAGAAAUAUAUGGAAGUUUGACAGAACAAUUGUUUUCAUGUCACAUGGCGGAACAUCUCAGAAAAUGCUCUACGUUUGAACAUGAGAACAUUAAUUUUGUAAUACACUAUGAACAAGGCAGACAUGAUCUAGACAUUAUUACGAAAACCAUGCAGCAGUUUGGAAUGACAGCGUCUGAUAAAUUUCACUCGACUAUAAUGUAUGCAGUUGAGGAACUCACGAUUUAAGUAUUAAAUAUAACAUGAACGUUUCCAGCAAACUGGCUUUUUUGU